UAGCCGUUGUAUUCAUUCAUAGUUUUGAGCUCAGAGUAUCAGAAGCCAAAUACCAGAAACAUGUUCAAGUUCGCCGUUCUUCUUUCAGCUCUCGCUGCCUUUGCAGCUGCAGCCACCCUUAGGGUAAACCCUGAUGAACUCCAUGUCAUCUGGGACACCAUCGAGAAAGACAUCAGAGUCCGUCAACAAGAAGCCGAGUUGGAAAUCCGCAACCUUUUGGCGCCUCUCAGCAUCUUGGUUGAUGAUGCCAGGGAAAAACUUGCCAAUGACCUCCAAGAAGCCAACGCUUUGAUCCAGGACGAAAUCAGGAGAAUCGAACAGGAACCCCAUGGUCGUGACAUCGCUCGUUGCAUUCAACAAGCUGAAGAAGAACUCAGACGUGUUGACGAUGAAUUGGUCCAGGAACACAAUGAAGCUUUCGACAGGAUUCAAAGGGAAGCCGAACAAGAAGUAGAGCGCGCCAUCCAAAUCACCACUGACAUUAUCGAUGAAAUCGAAGCAUUCGGAGGAAGAGUAGACAGCUGCAGAGAUGUUGAAUGUGCCAGUGACUUGGAUGUUGAAAUCGUCACCUUGUACGAAAGAAUCGUCAGGGACUUGGAUGGAGCUCUUGAAAUCGCCAACGAAGCCGCUUUGAUCAAAUUGGGAGCUGAACUUGACGAAGCCCAAUUGGACCAUGAAAGAUACGCAGAAGGAACCCGUCAAUUGUUGGAAGAACUCAGGAUUUGCGCCGAUGAGCGUGUCUAGACCCACUAUUUUUGAACAGUUUUUUGUUUCGCAAUAAUAAACAAUAUUAAAUUGUA